AUGGCAAAAGAUUUCCAAGCUGUUAAGGAUGCCGUGCGGGUGAAGCUCGAGGCUACAGGACAACGUAAUAAAGCUGUCGCCGAUGCUCACAGGCGCCGUAAGGUGUUUGCUGAAGGAGAUGAUGUGAUGGUGUUUCUACGUAAAGAACGUUUCCCCGUUGGUACGUACUCCAAGCUGCAGCCGCGGAAAUAUGGGCCUUUCAAGGUGCUCCGGAAGAUUAACGACAAUGCUUAUGUCAUUGACCUCCCGGGUGAUAUGAACAUCUCUUCCACCUUUAACGUGGCUGACCUCUACGAGUUCCACGCGGAUAGCCCGCUGUAUCUUGAUGCGAACUCGUGGUCGAGUUCUUUGCAAGUGGAGGAGACUGAUGCAGCGCAGCUUGCGGACAAGAUCGAAGAAGCAUAUCGAGGGAAGGAAACAGCUCAAGUGGAGGAAAAGUUAGUGACGUGA